AGCAGUAGUUGGUUGGAUCACCGCCACCAGGUUUCUCAGUAGCUCCAAGAAUAAUAUGUCUGGAGGAUUGCAUUAUAGAGCAAUAAUUGGUUGGAUCGCCUCCGGAAGGUUUUUCAGUAGCGUUG